CGGGUGCUAAACAGAGUGAGGUUCUAGGUGAGAUAUUCACUGCAAAACGAGAGAAAAAAAUCCAUAAAGAAAAAGUUUGUGAGCAUCUGUUACUGUGAUUGUUCAUCAUCUUCUUGAUCCCUUCCCCCCCUCUGUAACGCCCCGCUUCUCUGAAUCCCUUUCUGUUAAUCAUCUGUCUUUCAAGUUCUGAAUUUUGGGUUUGUUUUAAAAUUUGUCAAAAGAAGCAAACUUAGAAGGAUUUUUCGAAAGCCAGGUGUUUUCAGAAUCGAGAUCCAGGUUUUUCUUUUAAAUUUUCUGGUAAAUUUUGUUGGUUUUCUUUUUUGAACUUUUGUCUGAUUUUCAUAUCGGCUUUAAGGGUUGUUUUUGAUCCCUCGAAAGUUGGUUUUUUAGGCUCUGGGAGUGAAAGAGGUUGUCUAUUUUAAACCUCUUCGAUCUUUCUCUGUAGAAAAAUUUCUCAUUUAAUUUUUCUGUUCUUCUUUGGAGUCAAAGCCUGUUCUUUAGUUUUGGUAAGAAACAGGUAUUUUUCUUUUAUCUUCUUCGUAUUAAUUUAAGAUUUGAUAACUAUUACUCGAGGCUUGAAUUUAUGUUCAGUGUUGAAGGCAUGGCAGCUACCGCAGAUCUCUACAGUAGCGGACAUCUUCAGUCAGCCUCGUAUGGAGGAGAGCUAAUGGAAGCACUGGAACCAUUUAUGAAAAGUGCUUCCUCAUCAACAAUCCCCUGCUCUUCCUCUGCAACCCAAUAUCCUUCCUCUCCUUCUUCAUCACCUUAUGUUCCUUCUACUUCUUCUACUUCUUCUACCUCUUCCGCUUCUGAUUACGACUUCAACUUCUUAUUGUCUCACUCCGUCCCAAACCAGCCCGGUUUCUACCCCGAUGGUUGCUCCACCUCGACGACCCCUAUGUUUUCCGACGGGAUCUCGACCCAAAACCUUGUAGGUUUUGAGCAACCGGCACCACUUGGGCUGAACCAGCUAACACCAUCUCAGAUCCUCCAGAUCCAAGCUCAGAUCCAUCUCCAAAAGCAGAACUCUUACCCUCAACACCAUUCGUUGCCUCAGCAAGAUGGUAGAGGUACCCUUGGCCUUCUGGGUCUUAAACCGAUUGCAAUGAAGCAUGUGGGUUCUCCUCCAAAACCCACCAAGCUGUACAGAGGGGUCAGGCAGCGACAUUGGGGAAAGUGGGUCGCCGAGAUUCGUCUCCCGAAGAACCGUACCCGGCUCUGGCUCGGCACCUUCGACACCGCCGAAGAAGCCGCCUUGGCCUACGACCGAGCUGCUUAUAAGCUCCGCGGAGACUUCGCCAGGCUCAAUUUCCCCAAUCUCCGGCACCAAGUUGACUACCAGCCUCUUCAUUCCUCGGUGGACGCGAAGCUCGAAGCCAUUUGUGAAAGCUUGGCCAGCUCGCAGAAACAGGGCAAGGGAGAGAAGCGAGUCCGUUCGAGCAGGAAAUCGAGGCAAGCUGAAGCCGAGUCUGUUGGCGAGGCGGAGUCCAAGAGUUCAGAGAGCUGUCGUAAGGUGGAGAUAUCCUCGUCGCCGUUGACGACCGAGAGCGACGGGUCCGCAGGGUCUUCACCUUUGUCAGAUCUUACGUUCGCGGACUCCGAUGAGCCGCAGUGGGAUGUAGCUUCGGAGAAUUUCUUAUUGCAAAAGUACCCUUCGUACGAGAUUGAUUGGGCAUCUAUUUUAGCCUAAUUUCCAUUUCCAUGUUGAUAUUCCUACUUCCAAUUGUAGCUUUUGUAUUUUUUGUUUUGUCUGGGUUAGUCCUUUUUGUCCAUGGUAGUGUGGAUUAGAUAGUGGUUUUCUCAGGUGGCUGCUGCAAUGGAGUUUUUGGCAGUUGCAGGGCUACUCUUUAGGACUUGUAAUGUUAGGUCUUUCGAAUAAUUCAAUUUGUAAGUCUCUCCUCCAUGGUCGGCUGGUUUUUUUCUUGCUGAAAGAUCACGGGGGGAAUGCUAGUCUGUUGAUUAUGAGUCUUUCCCGUUGGUAAUGUCACUAAAUCUAGUCCAGUAAUUGAAUUCUAUUUCAUCAUUAUAUAUGAAGAAUUAAGAAACAUAUUGGAUCUUGC